CCUUUAAUAAAUCCCCUGUUUAAAAGUGGACAUGUUCCUAUGUGGGCUUUAAGAGUGUUGCGACAGGCGGAUUCUCUGGCGGAUUCAGCGCUUGUUCCAGUGACAAGCAGAAACCCGUAUGAACUAGGGAUACCGGUCUCGCGAGUCAUCUGUUGAAUUGCACAAUCACCCUCUCGUGCUGGAAGAUAACCUUAAAACCUGUGACCCCGAUUUCCUCUGCUUUUGUUUGACGUCUUUCAUCCCUUUUCCUUUCCGUCUCACGCUGACACCUUCAGAAGACACCCAUUAAUACUCUUUAUCCAUAGGAACUCUCAAUCUAAUUCUGAACAUAUCUCUCCCUCCCUCUCUCUCCGGCACUUUCUGACGUCAGUGCAUCCGGAGAGAGACAGACUACGUUACUGACUGUAAGGAGCGGUCAAACAAAGGAACCGGGAAAUCAGGUCUGUUCACACUCCAGUUCUAGGAACAAGAUGUCCUCCAUGCAGUAUGCCAAAAGCUGAAAUAUGGAUGGGUGAAGACGCUACCUCCUUUGUUGACCAGCCCUAAGUUUUAACCAAAGUAUUUUGGACGCAGUCAGGAAGCAAAAAUGGUAAGCAGGUUGAUCAGUGGAAACUGCUUGGCUCGGUUCUGCCAGAAGCUAAACAGAGUGAAGACCUUGGAGGAGAAUAUGAUGGAGACAGCUCUGAAUAGGUGCCUGUCUACUCUGGACUUGACUAUGCUUGGCAUUGGUGGUAUGGUUGGCUCUGGCCUUUACGUUCUCACUGGCACAGUUGCAAAGGAUGUUGCCGGCCCUGCUGUCAUCAUUUCCUUCAUCUUUGCAGGUUUUGCUUCGCUGCUGGCUGCUCUUUGCUACGCAGAGUUUGGGUCCCGUGUGCCAAAGACAGGCUCGGCUUACAUGUUCACCUAUGUCUCUGUUGGCGAAAUCUGGGCCUUCAUGAUUGGCUGGAAUAUCAUUCUGGAAUACAUGAUUGGUGGAGCUGCAGUAGCACGGGCCUGGAGUGGCUACCUAGAUUCCAUCUUCAACCACAAGAUACGGAACUUCACCGAAACGUACAUCGCCACAUGGAACAUACCCUUCCUUGCCCCCAACCCCGACUUGCUGGCUGCAGGGAUACUGCUGGUUGCCACAACAUUUGUCACUUGUGGGGCCAAGGUGUCCUCAUGGCUGAACCAUUUGUUCACAGCCGCAAGUUUGGCAGUGAUUCUCUUCAUCCUGAUAUUUGGCUUCAUUCUGGCAGAUCCAACAAACUACAGCGCCAAGCAUGGUGGCUUUGCUCCCUUUGGGUUUUCAGGAAUCAUGGCUGGCACAGCAACCUGCUUCUUUGCCUUUGUGGGCUUUGAUGUCAUUGCAGCCUCCAGCGAAGAGGCUCGCAACCCCCAGAAGUCUGUCCCCAUAGCAACAGCCAUUUCCCUUGGCCUGGCCACCAUGGCCUACACCUUGGUAUCCACCGUGCUCACCCUGAUGGUUCCCUGGCACUCGGUGAACCCGGACUCUGCCCUCUCUGAUGCCUUCUACAGACGAGGAUACUCAUGGGCUGGAUUCAUCGUGGCUGUGGGUUCCAUUUGCGCAAUGAACACAGUUCUCCUCAGCAACCUCUUUUCCCUCCCCCGGAUUGCCUACGCCAUGUCUGAGGAUGGACUACUCUUCAAGGUAUUUUCACAGGUGAAUCCGAUCACCAAGGUCCCUCUGAUUGGCAUCGUGGUCUUUGGAAUCCUGAUGGCCAUCAUGGCACUAGUGUUUGACCUGGAAUCUCUGGUGCAGUUCCUAUCCAUUGGAACACUGCUGGCCUACACCUUUGUUGCUGCCAGCAUCAUCGUGUUGCGAUACCGGGUGGAAAAAGUUGAGUCUGCUCAGUUGCCAGCACCGAGUCAAAAUCCUGAACCCCAGGACAGUGAGGGACUGAAAGAAUACGAGUCUUUUUCGGAUAAACUCCAGCUGGUAGAGAGGCAAAAGUCAACCAAAGUGAAAAGGCAGCCAGGUCAACUGAAGUCCUCCUUUGAGCCUUAUUUACGCUUCCUGGAUGACUUUGCUCCAGGAGAAAUUGUGACGGAGGCAGUAGUCACUCUGGUGGGCUGUUCAGCUUGCUUGGGUUGCAUAGUGAUCUUUGGUAGCAGCUACCUCCAUCUGCCACAGUGGGCUUUCAUUUUAUUCACCAUCCUCUUUACAACUGGCUUUCUCCUCAGCUUGUUCCUCAUAUGGAUUCAUGAGCAGCAGCAAAAACUGAGUACUUUUCAGGUUCCACUGGUGCCCUUGAUUCCAGCUGUGAGUAUUUUGCUGAACGUGCUCCUGAUGUUAAAGCUCAGUUGGAUGACCUGGGUGAGAUUUACCAUUUGGUUAGCUGCAGGUUUUCUUGUCUAUUUUGGUUACGGGAUAUGGAACAGCAAGGAGAACCUGAAGGAGUCCAGAGCUCAGAAUGUCAGUGCCCGCUACAUCGUACUCCCCAGUGGCAGCUUGGUGGAGACUGUUCAGACUGUGCAACCAGAAUCACAGGGUGCCACAGGUUUGGGGGUAAUGACUGAAGAAGAGGAGGGGAGAUAGUAGCGAGCCUGGGCCAGUCAACCUUGAGGGGGAAAUUCCCUUCAAUGCUUGCCCCUCUAUAGCUGCCACCACCACCACCCUAUGCCUCACUGUCCCAGAAGCAGAUGGGUAGAGUCCCCGUACUCGUCACUGGGAUUGUGGGGUUCUGGAUCUCACCACUCUGCAUUGAUGUUCAUUUCUAUCCAUGGCUGCUGGAACUUAGUUCCAGAUUGAAGCAAAAGAUGCAACAUGCACAAAAUGCUGGAGGAACUCAGCAAGUCAGGCAGCAUCUAUGGAGAGGAAUAAACAGUCAAUGGAUUGGACCAAGACCCUUCACCAGGACUGGAAAGGAAGGGGGCAAAAGUCAGAAUAAGAAGGUGGGGGAGGGGAAAACAUACAAACUAGCAGGUGAUAGAGGAGAAGAGGUGGAUGGAUGGGGGAGUGGGAGGGGAAAGAGGUUGAAGAGGUAGCAAUCUGAUAGGAGAGUGGACCAUGGGAGAAAGGAAAGGAGGAGGGGCACCAAAAGGAGAGGGGAACCGGAAUGAGGAAUGGAAAAAGAUAAACUGGGAGGGGGGAGAAAUUGCUAGAAGUUAGAGAAAAUCGAUGUUAGUGUCAUGAGGUUGGGAGCUACUCAGAUGGAAUAUAAAGCGUUGCUUCUCUGACCUGAUUGUGGUCUCAUUGUGGCAGUAGAAGAGGCAUGUUGAGUGGCAAUGGGAAGUCAAAUUGAGACAGGUAACUUUGGGGAGAUCCUGCCUUUUGUGGUAGACAAACCAAAACCUCACAGUUGAUCAUUUCUAAUUCAGUAGAGGGGGCUCACCACCAGAGGAGCAUUUCAGGCAAAUCCUUGAUGUGGUGGUUUGGGCAUCACAUCUGCCUCUGAUCAGAUGGUUCAGGGUUCACAUCCCACUCCUGACACUUCAGUGCAUAAAAUGAAGGCAGCUACUCCAGAAUUGUCUACUACUGGGAUAUUAGACACAGGGUCCAUCUGUUCUCUUCAUUGGUUUUAAUGUUUUUGCAGUACUGUUUAACAUUCAGGGGAGCUUAUACUUAAUCCUGACUGUACAUUCCUAUGGUUAUUAUCACUGACGUUUGAGGGAAUGUGAACAGACUGGUUACCACAUUUUUCGUAUAAUAACAGAGAACUCCCCUCUGCUGUAAUUCGAUGGCUGGGAUGUCACACAACUGAAGAUAAAGGUGCUGUGCAAUUACAAGACUUACAGUCAUAGAGUACUACAGCAUGGAAGCAGGACCUUCAGUCCAUCUUAUUCAUGCUGACCACCAUGCUUAACUCCCAUUUACCCAAGUUUGGCCUAUAUCCCUUAAAUCUUUCCUGUUCGUGUACCUGUCCGGGUGCCCACUAAAUGUCAUUUAUUGUACCUGCUACAAGGACUUCUGGGCUUUUGUUCAUUUUGUCACCCCCCCCCCCCCGAAAGUCUGAAUCUUGAUAGAAACUAAACCCAACUUUUCCCUCCCCCCCAACAGCAGAGGAGAAAAAUUAUGUAAAGGGGGGGGAAGAAAACAACCUGGGAACAUCCCUAUCCACACUAAAUGGAUAUUAGGAAUCAACACACUGGUCUGGGCCACUGCAAAAACUUUUUAAUAAUGCACCAAAUCAGUGGGUUCAUGUAUACUUUAUAGAACCCUUGACUAUCUGUCAUAUGAUCCAGCUUUGAAUUAUAAAUGCCUGUUCAUUAUGUGGGCUGAGAACUAUUUCUGUCUCAGCCAGAGCCUUGGCAAACCAGCCCAUCCACUCUUGCAUUGUUGACAUUAGAUGCUGUUCCCUUUGACUGCUUUUGUUACUCACCAAGCCCCUGUCAAUUUAACUUGUCAUUAAAAGGGAAUGUAGCACAUGGACUAUUCCAUAUAGAACACCUUCCCUUCUCGUUAUCAUCCCUGUUUUCUGCUUCAUCUCCAAACAACACUCUGUGUUGGUUCCACAAGACAUAGGAACAGACUUAGGCCAUGUGGCUACUGUGUCAGCUCCUCCACUCAAUCAUGGCUGGUUUAUUUUCCCUCUCAACCCCAUUUUCCUGCCUUCUCCCUUACUAAUCAAGAAUCUAUCAACCUCUGUUUUAAAUAUACCUAGUGACAGCCAUCUGUGACAAUGAAUUCCACAGAUUCACUACAAUCUGACUAAAGAAAUUCCUCCUCAUCUGUGCUGUAAAGGGACAUCUUCCUAUUCUGAGGCUGUGCCAUCUGGUCAUAGACUCUCCCACUAUAGGAAACACCCUCUCCAUGUUCACUCUAUCUAGGCAGUUCGACAUUUGUUAAGUCUCAAUGAGAUCCUCUCUCAUUGUUCUAAACUCCAGUGAGUACAGGCUCACAGCCAUCAAACACUCCUCAUACAUUAACCCUUUCAUUCUGAGAACAUUCUCAUGAACCUCCUCUGGACCUUCUCCAAUACCAGCACAUCCUUUCUUAGACAAGGAGCCCAAAACUGCUCACGGUACUCUAAGUGUGGUCUGAUCGAUGCCUUAUAAACCGUCAGGAUUACAUCCUUGCUCUUAUAUUCUACUCCUCUCGGAUGAAUGCUAAUGUGUAAUGUCAGAUGAGAUUUGAACAACAGCAAUGUUUGCUGUAUACAAAUACCCUGGAGUGAAUCUUUCUCCUUUUGCAUCAGUUCUGCACUUAUUCACCUUCCUGCAGACAAGAACAAGAAUGGAUUUAUCCAGCAUCCAUAUAUUUACCAUAACCGAUAUAUUUUUCUCUGUGUGAACUUUUUAAAGUUGUUCAAGUUAUUGUGAGCAGAUUAUAACAAUGAUCAGCAUCUGUGCUCCCUUAAAUUGUUAUUCACAUCCAGGAAUGAACAAGUUCCCCAUUCAAAGGUUCCACAUUACCUUAACCCCUUGAGUGCAUGUAACAGUUGGCAAUGGAAUGUUCACCAUCACUUUGCACUCUCAAUUAGUGCCGAAGGCAAGGAGUCUGAAUAGAUCUGGUGAAAGAGAUGGUCACCUCCACUGCCAUAUUGUUUGUGGUUCUUUCAGGUAGCACUCCUCUCCAAUGAGUUUCUCAUCUUCAGCCUCUUCAUUGUGGAGUGGUUUUCAUUUCUAGAUUUUCGUGCCAUUGAUUUUAUGAUCUGGCUGUUCAAGUUUCAGAAAUCCAUCUGAAGUUCAGCCAAGUCUUCACUGUAUAGAGUAAUUCUGGCAUCUCUAUCAGUUUGUUCUCAUAUCAACAAAUUGCCCAUCAAUGAUAGUUUGGAGUUAAUCAAACUAAUGUGGAUUGAUGGCCUUCAUCAUGGUUUCACCUUAUUAACUUGGAUGCUUUGUGUUUAUUUAUAAAGUGCUUGUUCAAGUCACCUGAUGGUGAGCAAUUAAAGAACUGUAGAGUGUAAAGGGAGCCUCAUCUGACCAUAUAAUGGGUCUGGAUGCCUGAGAUUUAGAAGUUACUCUCACAUCCAAAUGCAGUAUUUGUCGUUUGUCACUAUGCAGCUUGGUUUUUAUUAAAAUAAAUUCAUCUGCACCCCAAAUUUAUUUUAUUUAGAGUACAGUACAAAACAUACUUCCUGCGCAAAGAGUCGCUCACCCGGCAAUCUAGCUUUUUAAUCCUAGCCUUAAUCACAGGGCAUUUUACAAUGGCCAAUUAACCUACCAAUCAGUACUUCUUUGGACUGUGGGAGAAAACCUGAGCCCCAAGAGGAAACCCACACAGUCACAUGGAGAACAUACAAACUCCUUACAGACAGCGGCAGAACUGAACUCAAACACUGCAAGCUAUAAUAGUGUCUUGAUAACCACUACGCUACCAUUAGUAAACCAUAGAUUCCUGAAGCAGUCCGGUUUCAGGCUUCUGACCCACCUGGGCCUGAAGUUCCAUUUACUUGGCCUGGGUGUGUCAAAUAUUUGAAUCAGUGUGUGUAGGAAAAUUAAAAGUUAUAGAGGAGAGUGUAGGAUCAGGAAUCCAGGAUGGACAGAGAAAAGGUGAGGAGUGGUGUCAGAAAUUAGGAUGGGGAGAGAAAAAGUGAGGAGUGGUGUCAGGAAUCCAGAAUGGAGAGAGACAAGGUGAGGAGUGGUGUGGAUAAUAGAUGGGUAAAACACACAUUCAGAAGAACCCUAACCCUAAUAAUCAAAUGGGAGGUAAAACUACAUGGAUAAAGAUUCAGGCUCAUGGUUAUUUACCACAUGUACAUCAAACCCUAUGGUGCAAUUUGUCGUUUGUGUUAACAACCAACACAUCCAAAGAUAUAAGAGAUUAGAAAGUUUAAAAAAAUGCAUGGUAAAAUGAGACAUGAGAUAUAAGGAACUACCAUGGAUUUGAGGCUGGGAAGAGGGUAAUGGGUUUGUAAUAGGGAAGAUAAUGUAAUAAGAUAAUCUAUGUCAUAGCUAUAUAAUUCUCAAAGCAAAUCCUCUGACUCCCCCUUAAAUUCCCCUUAAAGCAUUUCAUUCCUCCAUUCUAUUUGGAUAGAAUUCCAGUAAUUCCCAAAUUUUCCCUCCCCAUAAAAAGUGGCGAGACCUUCCUGAUCUUCUUAAAUGAUAAGUGGUGGCAAACGUAUUUAUAUUUUUGUAGCAUGGGAUUUUUUUAAAGAAGUGCUUUGCACCGCACUCUUGUAUAAAUGUCACUCUUUGUAAUAUUGAACCAGCUAUUCAGUUGCAAUUCUUGUCAAUGUUGUAUUUAUUUUGGGGACAAAUUUCUAAUUUAAUGAAUAAAUGUUAUGAAGCAGCAGGUUUUAUUGACUAUUUGGUUUCAUUGCUUGUUAAUGCUUCUUAAUUUUAGAAUAUAGAACUUAGAACACAACAGCAUAGGACAGGGACUUCGGCCCAUGAUAUGCCAACAUCUUAACCU